AAGGGAACAUGUAGCCGGAGUGGAUCUCUUCAUCGCAUUAUUUCAUCUCGUCCACUCGGAUCAGAGAUACUGUAAUGCUGCAAUGCCUCCAUGCAAACCUUCGUUGACAGUAUUUUCCACCGUAUUGCCACCGUUGUGAUUGUUGCCGUCUCUCCUAAAGCAGAAGUCGUGGACUUUAAAACUCACACCUUCGCCACAAGACUACGAAUUGACGAUCUGAAACUACCAUGCGUGCUGAGAAAGCAGCAGGAUAAUGAUAGAUGCUGGCAUCCCUACACUGUCUGCGGUGCACGAGAGUUUCUUUUCCAAUCGAGGACCCGUCUCCAUCACAAAUGUAGCCCAGCAGAGGCAAGUGAACCAGGCCGCUGCAAAGACACGGAGGCGGGUUUGUUGUGUUCAGACUUGGCUGUUUGCUGAACAUGGUGCCACUUUACAGCUCCGUAUUGAAUACCUGCCGCCCCGCCGUCGGCUUGCUUCUGUAAUUCCCCAGCUGUCUUAAAAUGGACGGGGCCUUUUUGAUAAAGGCUAUUCAGGGACGCUGAACCGGCUCAUGAGUUGCCAUGUAUGAAGGAUUUAGCUUGGACCUGCUUUCCGGGAUGUAGGGUGAAUAUCCGCGGAUAUUUCCAAACACAAUAUAGAAUAGAAAACAGCCUAUAUUCAUGGAGAUGGCUGGCGGGGGAGGUGCGUCUACACUGGGCUGGAUGAGAAAUAAUGAGGACCCCUGCUCAGAGUAUUUCCAUCAGCUCAAAAACAGACUGCGGUUUUUAUUGGCACCUUAAAUAGCCUAGUCUAUAUUCCAUACUAAAAUUAAUCUGAAAAUCAGCUGUGGUUUCAUCAUCGACUCUGAUUCUCUCUGUAGCUCACAGAUUCAAGACAGUAGUUCUCAAUGGGAUGAUAUUAACUACAGAUGAGGCUAUGUAUUUAAAGACCGAGAGAUUCAAAACUAUAAAGGCAUCAGGAGCCCAGACUUUGCCUUUGUUACUUUCAUGUGAACAGCAAUGUAGGAAAUUCAUAAUAACUAUCUAACUGUUUUAUUAAUUGUAGGCAGCAGCUGAGAGACCAGAGAGAGAAAUUAUGUGUGGAUUUAAUUUCACAGUUCCCUCUCUGAUCAGGAAGGCCUCAGACUGAAGGUAUUUUUCCAAAGGAUUUCAUCAGACCUGCUGCUUCUUAGAUAUACACAUAUUCACGUCUCCUGUGAGAGUCUGUGGCAGCUUUUAAAAGACACAAUUUUGGAAAACAAUCAGUUAGUUUUAUGGGGGUUACAUUCAUGGAUCUGCUCUGCUGAGAGUCAUUGUUUGACCUAAACUAUAUUGUCCCUGAAUGAACUUGCCUUUGGGAAUACAUGUUACUUACACACUGGGUAGCAACAGCACAGCAGCAACCGGUGACAGGAUUUGGCACAGUUUCAACAGCGAGAUGUGGUGAUGGGGGAGAGCCGUUGCAGCUCUCUGAUCCUCUGAUCCCCUAUCCCCCCCGCCGGUGGUCGAGGACACCUCGUCUCAGUCAAUGGGCCCUGUAUGGAUUUUGUGCCUGAGUUGACAGAGGGCAGGCCAACAGCGUCAAACAGCAGUCAGGCUGCAAUGAACCCAUACGGCAGAGCGAGCAGCACAGCAGCCCCCCUGUCCUGCACCAGCUGUGGGGGCUGCUGCUCCCCGCCUCCCCCUUGCCUAAUCCCGCCUGGGCCCCCCUCCUCUACUACCUCCUCCUCAUCCUCCAUGCCCCCGAAUAUGACCCCUCCGCCACCAAUGUUUCCAGCUCCGGUUGUGCAAGUGGAGAACGGUAGCAUCUGGAACUCCUCCACCAUCUCUUCCUCUGGGUCCCCAGAAUCCCAUCCUGGUCACCGCUGUGGGGCCAACAACCCCAACGCCUACUGGACGGCAGUCUUCGACUAUGAGGCCACAGCAGAUGAGGAGUUAACCCUGCGGCGGGGGGACCUCCUUGAGGUUCUCUCCAAAGACUCCAAAGUGUCUGGGGAUGAGGGUUGGUGGACAGGCAAGAUCCAGGACAAGGUGGGUAUCUUUCCAAGCAACUACGUCACGAGGGGGGACGCUGCCAGCUACCAACAGCUGACCUCCGGAGGUCUAGUGGCAGGUGGAGUGGGUGAAUGCCCCUUGGAGAUAGACUUCUCAGAACUGCUCCUGGAGGAGGUGAUAGGAGCUGGUGGGUUUGGGAAGGUUUACAAAGGAGUGUGGCGAGGAGAGGAAGUAGCAGUAAAGGCCGCCAGGCAAGACCCCGAUGAGGAUAUCAGUGUCACAGCAGAGAGCGUGCGACAGGAGGCCAGGCUAUUCUGGAUGCUCCGGCACCCCAACAUAAUCGCACUCCGUGGGGUCUGCCUGCGCGAGCCCAACCUGUGCCUGGUGAUGGAGUAUGCCAGAGGAGGGGCUCUGAACCGGGCCCUUGCUGGAAAGAAGGUUCCCCCGAGGGUUCUGGUGAACUGGGCGGUCCAGAUUGCCACAGGGAUGGACUACCUGCACAACCAGGCAUUCGUACCUAUCAUCCACAGAGACCUUAAGUCCAGCAAUAUCCUCAUUCUGGAGCCUGUGGAGCGGGACGACCUGAGCGGGAAAACCCUGAAGAUCACAGACUUCGGUCUGGCCAGAGAGUGGCACCAGACCACUAAGAUGAGUGCAGCAGGGACCUACGCCUGGAUGGCCCCAGAGGUCAUCAAGCUCUCCCUCUUCUCCAAGAGCAGCGAUGUGUGGAGUUUCGGCGUGUUACUCUGGGAACUGCUGACCGGCGAGGUUCCUUACCGGGAGAUAGAUGCGCUGGCGGUAGCUUACGGUGUUGCCAUGAACAAGCUAACUCUUCCCAUCCCUUCAACCUGCCCUGAACCUUUUGCUCAGCUACUGGGAGAGUGCUGGAGCCCCAACCCCCGCAGCAGGCCCUCGUUCACCAACAUCCUGAGGCGACUGCUGGCCAUUGAACAGUCAGCCAUGUUCCAGAUGCCUCUGGAGUCCUUCCACUCCUUACAGGAGGACUGGAGGCUGGAGAUCCAGCAGAUGUUCGACGAGCUCAGGGCCAAAGAGAAGGAGCUGAGAUCUUGGGAGGAGGCGCUGGCUCGAGCCGCCGAGGAGCAGAGGGAGCAGGAGGAGCAGCUGAGGAGGAGAGAGCAGGAGCUGGCUGAGAGGGAGAUCGACAUCGUGGAGCGAGAACUGAACAUCAUCAUCCACCAGAUGUACCAGGAGAAACCCAGCGUGAAGAAGAGGAAGGGCCACUUUAAGAAGAGCAGAUUACUGAAACUGGGACGAGACAGCAACUGCAUCAGUCUGCCCUCUGGCUUCGAGCAUAAGAUCACUGUGCAGGCGUCUCCCAGUGUGGACAAGAGGAAGACCCAGGGGAGCGAGAGCACCACCCCGCCUGCCAGCCCAGGUGUCAUACCCAGACUGAGAGCCAUUAGAUUGACACCGAGCGAUGGCAGCAAGACGUGGGGACGCAGCGCCGUGUGUAAGAAGGAAGACCUGACGGCCAACAAGAAAAAGGGACGCACCUGGGGACCGAGCUCCACCCACCAGAGAGAGAGGGUCGGCGGGGAGGAAAAGCUGAAAUCACUAGGUGAAGGAUGCAAGGUUUGGUCGUCCAGUGCACCGAAUCUGGGCAAAUCCCCCAAACAUGCACCCAUGACAGCUGGCUUCUCCAGCCUAAAUGAAAUGGAGGAGUGCUGUGAGUUCGAGGAGUCACCAGGGUCCGUGCUGCCCUCAGAGACCAGCAGUAACGGGGCCGUGGAGGACUCGGGGUCUCUGUGGGGCAGCCUGGGGCCCAACACGAUGCCUGCUGUUGGGGUGUCUAAUACGAGCUCCUGUCAGGGUCCUGGAGGCCAGGGGUCGGGGUUGAGCUACCAGGACUCGCUCCGUCGCUGCAACCAGAGGAAGAAGAGUGACGCAUUGUUGUUGGGUUGUGCCUCUCUGCUCGCAUCUGUCGCCCUCGGACAAGACCUGGUGCAGCUGGGAAAACUGCAGGUGCUUCAGGACGAGCAGGACCUCAGAGAGGAGCAGCGUAAGAAGAAGGAGGGUCUCUUCCAGCGGACAGGACGCUUCCGUCGCAGCACUUCUCCACCCAGCCGAAACCUCUCUCUCUCCCUCUCCAGACAUCAUGACUCCACGAUCCCCUGCAUGGACCCUUCUCCCUCUGUUACGCUCCUCUCUUUGUCCUCUCUGUCUGACUGCAACUCCACAAAGUCCCUGCUCCCCUCUGACCCAGACGAGUACGCCCUGACCCCGAUGACAGCGGUCAAAACACCGGCGGCGCCACCAGCCCCCGCCCUCAACCCGCUCUUAGACCUGCGGGCGGAGAGCUUCAAGAAGGAGCCCAACCAGUCGCUCACGCCCACCCACGUGUCUGCAGCCAUGGCCCUGAACAGAGGACACAGACGUACCCCUUCAGAUGGGGCGAUACGACCCCGAGCCCAAACUCUGGGACACCACAGGACGCCGUCGGACGGGAGCAUGCCCAUGCCUCCUCCACCGGGGGUACCAUACAUCACAACAAACAAAGGUGCACAGGACACCCUGGACAUCCCCCGCCUCCCCGACCCCUCCACCAUCUUCCCAGUCCCUCAUCGACGUAAAGCCCCCGCUCCACCGAUCCCUGAUCCAGAUCCUCUUUGCCUCAUCAGCCCCCUGGAGAGACCCAAGACGCUGGAGUUUGCCCCACGGCCGCGGCCCACCCCGGCCAGGAUGAGAGCCGACCCUUGGAAGCUGGGCUCUCUCUCCCGGACCCUGAGCUCGUCGCCGGGCAGUAGCUGUGACAGCCCGCUCGGUUCAGGAGACAGCGCCGCCAGCGCCGCGCGACCCAACCUGAUGGACAUGGACAUGGAGGGCCAGAAUUUGGACCACACUGUUCCUCUGUGUGGACAGCGGCAGCCUGCCACUCUGUGUGGACAGCAAUACUUAUAGUGAAAAACAGCGAGUGAAUAUUUCCAGUUCUAACUUUUUUGCAUUCAGUUCUGUUGCAGGACAUUAGAGGUUGGGCUGAAUAAAGCCUUCUGAUGGAUGUCUGAGCCGAGCAAAGUGCACUCACUGAAGUUUGCAAAAACACCCCACUUCUUGUCAUGUUUUUAGGCACUUACUGGAAGCCAUCCCUCUCGUGUGCCCUUUUAGUGUCCUAAUAAGGUGUGAAACCCUUAGAGUAAGCCUUUUCCCGAUAGCGCUCUCUAACCUGCACGACACUGAGGGUCCUAGAGGCCUCUUAAAAGCCUUGUAUGCUCACCCACCUACUUUACCCAACACUACUUCCUUCCCUCUUUCAAGACUUACAACCUUCAAAAGCCAUUCAAGUACUUACAAGACCACUUUUUGAAAUUGCUAACUGUUAAUUUCAAUCCA